AUGUUUUCAUCAAGGAAUGUGAUAAUGAAUAGUUUUCAAUGGCGCAGAUGGUUUCUUUUUUUGAUUUUCGCGGUGUACCGGAGGUUAGACACCGUCGAUGGUUUAAAAUGUUACUGCAACAGUGAGAGAUGUCCAAACUCCACGUGUGAAACUGAUGGGUACUGUUUCGCAUCUACAAGUCUCGAGAAUAAAGUACAGAAAUUCACUUACCACUGUAUCGAGCUCAAAUCACUGAUACCCAUCGAGCAUCCCUUCAGUUGCUCUACAACGAAAACUAAAAAUGAAUCAGUGGUGAUAAAAUGUUGUAAGUCACAUGACAUGUGCAAUGAAGGCCUGCGUCUGGACCUGCAACCGAAGCCGCCAGGUAGGAGCGACGUGGAGGUAGUGCCCUCGAUGUGCCCCGCUAACUACUGCACUUUAGCUUCCCGCUCUUUACACUCGACGCCCACAAACGCCAAGUGCCCAGCGCCCAUCCUCCAGCGGGUGCCGUGGUUUAUGGUGCGAGACUGCAUGGCUAUAGAUUUUAUUUUUUCUUCGUUUUGUUCUUAA